AAUUACAUAAGCUUGAGAAACAAGUCAAGCUGGGCGGGGUUUACUCAGAGCGGCCAGGAACAUUAAAGCCUAUUGGCUGACCUCUCUAUGGAAAGUGAUUGAUCAUUCUAUGUUAAGCCCUCUCAGACAAGCCAAGGAAGUUCAGGAUCACGACAAAUCAUGACCUAUCCUACCCAGUGGGAGGGGUAAGUUCGUCACUAUACUUUCAGAGUUCUCUCUUUGUCAGCCGUAGAUGUCCUUUAGUUCUUGGAAGGGUUCAACAGUUAUCCAAUUAAAGGGUUAUCUCUCCUUUUAGUUGCCUAGUCUUUUAGGAUUUGUGCCGUCGUCAACAGUCAAUCCCGGCUUGGAGCUGCGACACUCCUCACAUCUCACACUGAAUAGACUGCUGCUACUGCUGAACUUCUGGAUUUGACACACCAUUUCCACAUUUCGUUCAGAAAGAGGUCCUCUGAGGAGUUAUGGGUGCCCACGGAUCCAACAUGGAUGAAGUCUUGGCGGAGGACAUGCACCACUGGUACAACAAAUUCAUGAGGGAAUCGCCUUCAGGUCUCAUCACGCUCUUUGAACUCAAGACCAUGCUGCAGAUGCAGGGGAUGACCGAGGAAGCCAGCAGCUUUGUGGACCAGGUCUUCUUAACCUUCGACAUGGAUGGGGAUGGCUAUAUAGAUUUUGUAGAAUACAUCGCAGCUGUAAGUCUGCUACUGAAAGGAGAGAUAAACCAGAAACUGAAGUGGUACUUCAAACUCUUUGACCAGGAUGGAAACGGCAAGAUUGACAGAGAUGAAAUGGAGACCAUAUUCAAAGCCAUCCAAGACAUUACCCGGAGUUAUGAGAUCCCUCCAGAUGAUAUUGUGACACUGAUCUAUGAGAGGAUUGAUGUUAAUAAUGAAGGUGAGUUGACAUUGGAGGAGUUCAUCACAGGAGCUAAAGAACAUCCUGACAUCAUGGAGAUGCUCACCAAGAUGAUGGACCUCACACAUGUCCUGGAGAUCAUAGUCAAUGGGCAGAAAAAGAAGGAGUGACUGCCGAUGUAUGACGCAUUGGACAAUAAAAGGAUCCCCUCCUAAUUGAAGAUGAUCAACUCUGUGGCUGGAAAGCGUAAAACAGACUCAGUAGAGGGUGAAACCUGCUAGCAGCAUCUCAGAGGUGGAGAUGAGCGACCAUCAUCAUCAAACAUCUGUCUUUCAAACACUUUCUCUCUGUGUCUGUGCCUCAGACAUCUAGUUAGCGGAGCUCUCUUUCCCCUCUACCUUUAACUGCAUCACCUUUACAAGUCUGAAAAUGUCAUUCUUGCAGGAAGAAUUGA